CGUGGAUCGAUAUCCCAAAAAAAAGUAACCCUAACCAAAAACCACAACUCCCUCCAGAUAUCGAACAACUAACCACCCAGCUCACCAAACUUGAUGCUGAACUAUUAAAAUCAAUUCCUAUACAACAUCAUACCAAGGCCGCUGAGACAAUUAACAAACUUCGUACUUACUAUUCCAUCAAAACCAUACCUGACUACCUUCUGGAAUUACCUGACCUACCUCUUCCCAAUUGGCAAAUUUUUGACAAUUACUCACCUUCGAAUCCGUACUCACAACCUACAACUCACCUAUCAAAUGACUCCCCGUCAAUAUAUACGGCAUUAACCACUCAACAACAAUCAAAUACUGAAUCCAAUACCAACACUAACUCACCCAACAAUAACCCUACUCCAACUACAGCAUUAAAUAUCUUUAAUCACAAU